GCAAACACGUUUUGCUAACUCUGUAGAUGAGAAUGUCAGUGAAACCAGGACACACUGUCAAGUGGAUGCAACCAAAGACUUGGCCGGACCUUGUCAAGGCAAGGAAGCUCCCAGAGCAGAGCCAGAAGAGGACAUAGAUGCCCUGGAGCCUGGAACAGAAGAUGAAACUCUACAAGAGAGCAAAAUGCCUUCAAGAAUCAAAAUGAGUGAUGAACCCAAAAUGAAAACUCAAGAUUCAGCAGGAGUGAGUUUGUGUUCCUGCAGAGGGACAGAAUUAGACCAAGUUCUCCAACAAUUUGAAGAAUUACAACCUCUUGAGGAAUUUGAAAGUCCUCCAAAUCUAUGUGAGACUAUAUUUCCACCUCCUUCUCCACUUGGGACAUUACUGAUGUUUGAAUGCUAUGAGAAAGGGGGCUUUUCCAGAAUAGAUGGACAGGUGGAAGAGUGGACCACGAAUCUGGACAUUAUCUUAGAACCAGAAGAAGAACAUAUGUCACUAGAAGGGCCAAAGGUGCUUCAACUGAGUGGUGACAUUGACAGACAUGUAGAUCCAUCUGUGGAGGAGGCAGAAGAAAAUAUAGUAACAGAAGAGCUCACUGCACAGGUAAAUACUUCAAGAGAUACUUUUAAGAACAGCAACCUUGAAAUGAAAAAGUCAGGAGUUGUUGCCGGGCAGGAUUCAAUCAUUCUUCCUUCUGAUGGAAACAAAUCAGGUGAGGAACAGAUCAUUAGUCUCCCUCUGUUUGCUGAUGAAUGUGAUGAAGGGGAGGAAGAAUGCAAGGAUGUUCCAGCUCUCAUACGCCAAACCUCAUAUUAUGAAACAAACUCAACCAUGCCUGUAGUUCCCUCAGCUUUACACCAGGAGGAGCUACUUCCCCCAAACCAAAGUGAAACAGCCCUCAGGCUAGGAAUCCAGGAAGCUGUGCAACAGGUGCAGCGCUAUCCACCUUUGUCGAACGUUGCCAUAGAGCUGUCCAAUCAGGGUGGGGCGGCUUCUGAAGGCACAAGGUAUGUUGCAGAACAGCACAGAAGGGCAGAGGAAAGGAUAGACGGAAAAAGCCAGCAAACAGGUGCAGAGGAAGUAAAAGAAGAGACUGGACUUAAACCCGAGCAAGGAGGACUAUUAACACAUUCAACAACAGUCCAAAUGGAACUGAAGGAGACAGAAAAAUAUAACCGUGUGUCUUCAAGACUCACCAAAUCCAUCAGGAUGGAAAGUGAUGACAACCAGAGUGACAGUGGAGUGUCUGCAGAUUUCUCUCCAUGUAACACUUUGGUGAGCAGCAACACCGUCCCCACAGACAAUCUGGCACGAGACACCAAAGAGACGCCAAUCGAGAGGGAGAUCCGGCGGGCUAUAGAACGUGAACACAGCCUGAGACGAUCCAGAGGGCUUCCACAUCAACCCGUUUCCCCAGAAUUUGUUGAGAUCCCAUUAAGAAAAAGUGUUCCUUCCCAGUCAUUAGUUGUCAAGUCUGAGCGAUCUCAAGGCAAAGAUUUUUCAGGCGCAAUGAUGCAGCGGGAGAUCCGGGAGGAGACCCAAAGGGAACAGGAUCUGGUCAAGCUUGGAAAGGUGCCAGGCAUCUAUGACAAAGGCACAGUCCGACAACUUAAAGAGAGGAAGCAGCUUUUCGAGAUUUUUCAGCAAUCCAAGGAGGUAACUCCAGCAAGGAGUAGGACCACAUCUUCUAUAUCUUCCAGUGACUUUACCAAGCUGAAGAAGAAAGAGGACAUCUCACCAUCAACAACCAAGGUAGGAAGCUCUUCUGCAGAGAGAAGACGGAGCAUUGACCUACUGACUGAGGCACAGAAGCAAAAAGGCUACCAGGUCAUCAUCAUAGAGAACAGUCUGAGUGUCCCAGCACAAAACCACUACGCUAAAAAAUAUUCUGAACAGAAGCAGGAAGAAGAGGUGCCACCCAAGGAGAACCGCUUUUUUAAGUUACGCUCUUCCACAGCUUUGGUUAAAGUUGAGCAAGACAUCAAGGAGGCUCAAGAACGAGAGAAGGAGCUUUGCAAGCAGAGGACCCGUUUGUACGCAGGCCCAAGGGUUCCAGGAGGUGGUGGCGGUUUGGGAAGAGGAGAUAAAGAUGGAGGGGGACUAAAGAGGCCAGCCUACAUGGACAGAAGGAACCUCACCCUGUUUCCUCUUUCUCUAAAUGGACUGACAGAUCCUGGCUCCUCAUCCAGACCGGGAACUGGACCUUCAGCAGUGCUCCAGUCUCUUGGCACGCUGGCCCCAGCACAAGCUGAAAAAGAGCCAAUUAGCCAGCCAGAGAUCCUCAAGAGUCCCCAAGCCCCCAAACAGAAGACUCUUCUGGUGCAACACUGAGAAUCAUACCUCGUCAACGGACACAACAAGGAAGACAAAUGAGGAGACAUCAGGGUGAAACAAAGGAAGAAAGAAGGUGUUUCAAGGUUGGAGGUGGAAGACUGACGGAAUGUACAAAGAAAGCCAAAAUAGGGUGAUGAGGAGGAGUGAGAAAGCAGAGGACUUUAAAACGAGGUCAGGGAUUGAGAAUAAAAAAUGGGGUCAGGAGCACUGGGAUCAACAAAAAGUCUGAAAACCUUGUGGAGUUUUUCACCAAGAAGAAUACGGGGCAGUGUCUCAGGAGGGCCACUUAUUAAAGGCUAAAUCCUUCUUACAGUGCUGGUUGGUGACAUUUGAAAACUCCAUGAUGACAUGCACAACAGCAACGGAAUGACAAUGCGCACUGGAGAGCAGAGAAAUUAAAAUAUAUCAAAGAUGGAAUUAAUACUGUACCUUUUCUGUUUUAAAAGUAAUCUGUAGUGUGAGAGUCAUAUGAGAGUCUACAACUCCCCACGGAGAGGGAUAGUCCAACAACGGUUACUGCCCAAAGGCAAGGCUGGUACCCAUUUACAGCUGGGCGGACUGGAGCAAUACAGAUGAAGUGUUUUGUUCAGGGACACAGACAGGUUGCAUGAUCUUGAAUCUAACUCAGGUCUACAUAUUGUUAGUCCAACUCCUUAUCCCACUGAGAUACCUGCUCUACUGUCUGGUGGAAGUCAAAUAUUUUAUUAAAUUAUGGAAGAGUUUGAUGGAUUGACUCUAUGGAUUUUACUUUAUUUUAUUAUACUGUAUAAGUGUAUCAAAUAAAUGGGUGACUCGG